AUGAUGCUCAACUUUCUCCUGCGCUCAUUGUUCCCAGUCGUCGCAGUGGCUGUUCUCACUGCUGCUAAAGUUGCUGAAAGUCAGAAGGCUGCUGUGGACAACAGGUUAUCCUCCACCCCAUCGCCAGUUCAUCCCACCAUCAACUUUCAAGUCCUCAAUGUGGAUCAUGUGUUUUUGAGGCAGGAAAGUCCAGAGUCAUCCAGGAACUCCAGCCUGAAGGCUCAGACUCAGACUUUUCUCAUUACUGGUAAUGGCGCUGGGCUCCAGCCAGCUGUCAACUCUUCAUACGGCCCCCUGAGUGUGGAUGCCCCGAUUCCUCCAGAUCUGCUCCUCAGUGGGCGCAGGAUCCUGCCCGUCAUUCUGGUCCGCAAGGUUCGUUCCUCAUCCCCUGUUGUCAAGAUUCUCUUUCACAUGCCCACGGAAAAUGACAUCACUUUUGGGCAAGAAAGGAUGGGGUCUGAAGACGAUAAUGGCAGGAAAAGCGCUGGAGCCAAGACAAAGGACCGAGCUCACUGUGUGACUGCUUACGCCUUCUGGGAGACGAGGGAAGUUCGUGGGGCAUGCCUGGUGUUUCCGGGUGGAUUCUGUGUGGCACAGCUUCGGCCAGAAGCGGCGUGGUUCAGCUCAGGCAGCCGAUCAGGCAGCUCUAGCAAGGAAGCAGGAAGAACCGAAGGAAUUAAGGGGCUUCAGGGGAAUCUUGUGGAAGUCUACUUCCAGAGUCGGAGGGAUCGGACAGGCCAGUGUAACCCGCAGGAUAGCCUGCAACGUGUAGGAGUAGGAAGAGGAAGAGACUCUGGGGGAUCAGGGACACCAAUGAGGCGAAUAGGAAGUGUCAAUCUGCUCAAAACUCUGCCAGGGAACCCCACCUAUUUUCGACUGAGGCUGGGAGGCGCCUUGGUGAUCCAGACUUCUUCCAAGCCCCUGAAGGCCACAGACAUUGCAACUUUCUAUGUCUUGCUGGCGAGCACAUCUACCCUGGAAACCUUUACUCUCAGGGCAACAGUGAAAGCGGGCCUGUCAUUCAGCGCGGCGCGGCCCAGUGACACAGCGCUGUGGGACAUCGUCGUGGAGCCUGGCAGAGAAGCGACUCCCAAUACUGACUCCGUCGUCUGCCAGAGGAAGGUUGCUUUCACCGCAAAGAGGGGUCUUCUGGAGGUUUUACAACUGGACUUUGUGCCAAAAGAUGUUUCGGAGCAGGCUGAGAGUCAGACGGUCUCCUGGCGCCUGGAGUUGCCAGGGAACAUCAAAGAUGUGGGCAUAAUGCGGAUCUACACAACUCAGAGAGAUUAUGUGGGGCUGGCACCUCUGGUCAUGAACACUGAUAUCUUGAAUACUGCUGUCCUGACGGGUGAAACGGUGUCGGUACCUCUGAGAGCUCUGGCUAUCGAGGCCGAUGGCUCAGUCAAGGAUGUGACCAACUACACCAGCUGUAGGUCUACGGAGCAGGAUGUCCUCAAGGUGUCAGAGCGAUGUGAAUAUGCGUAUGUAAACGGGAAGGAGACAAAAGGGAGGAGCAGGGUGAUGCUCAACUUUACUUACGGUUUCCUGACCGCCCAGCUGGAGAUGAGUGUAUGGAUGCCCCGUCUGCCCUUGCUAAUUGAUGUGGCCGACCCCGAGCUCAGCCAGAUCAAAGGCUGGCGAGUCCCUGUUACUACAGGCAGCAGGAGGUCGACAUGGGACAGCGACGAAGAGGAGGAGAUGAGGAAGGGCAGGGGUUGCAUGCUGCAGUACCAGCACUCUACACUCAAGGUGCUAACAUCAUUCAUAGCCCAGGCUGAUGCUGAGGUGCCGCCUGACCCGCUUACUGGGGGAGAGCCUGUUGAGUUCUUCCUGGGUCCUGAUUGGCAGGUGGAUGUGACCAACCUUGUUCGGUCUUCUAUAAAAGUGGCACAUCCUGAUGUAGCCAGAGUGCAGGGUGGGGUGGUGCUGCAGGGACGGGCUGUUGGCACUACUACCGUACAGGUGCUGUCCCCUCUGACAUCAUCGGUCUUGGCUGAGAGGAGCAUCAGGGUGGUGGAUGAUAAAGUGAGCGUGACAGAGCUGGGGGUGCAGUUGGUUUCUGGACUCUCUCUGUCCCUGCAGCUCAGCCCAGGGAGCAACAGGGCCAUCGUUGCCACGGCAACCACCCGGGAGACGAUCACGCAGCUCAAACAGGAAGCAGCGGUCAGCUGUUGGGUUCAGUUCAGCGAUGGCACAGUCGCUCCACUGGAGCUGUUCGACAGCAGCAUCUACUCUCUGACGGUCUCUACCCCAGACGAUGGGGUGGCCACGGUACGCCGCACCCCGCAGUCCACCUUUUUAGUGGCGCAAGGUGAAGGUGGAGGCCAGGGGGCGCUGGUGAGAGUGGAGAUGAGGAUCUGUGAGGAAUGCCAGAAGUCCAAGAGGAAGAGCAAGUUGGCAGUGGGCAGUGGGCUCCUCAGGAUCAACUUCCAGAGUAGCAGCAGAGUCGUAGAAGGACGCGGUGUCGUAAAUAAUAAAGAUGUUGAUGGCGGUGCAUUAGAAUUGGUAGGAGCGCUCAAAACGACACAGCGUGCCAAUGUGGAUGAAUGGUUGUUCAGUAGCACAGUAGUACCCGACCAGGGAGAGUCCACUACCACCCCAACCACGUUUUCAACAAGACCUACGCAGCCAUAUGUUGUGUUGACUAGAACCACAACCAGAGCUACGAGAAGUAACUCAUAUACUGCCAUUCCCACAACUGCCACGACAACUAUGAGCAAAACAAGCUUAAAUACAUCACUGAGCACUGUCAGACCUAAAGAUACCACAGUGGGUUUAGUUAAUAAACAAGAGGGGCAGAAGAGAAGCUAUGGAAACAUGCUUGACAGCCCCAAUUCACCCUCAAACAAAGACAUCACUAAAGCAGAAGUAACAACCAAGAAGGAGCCUCCUCAAUCUAAAACUCCGAAAGUAAUUGAGAGCGACCUCAUUAGGACAUUCAGAGCCAUGUCGGACAUGGAAAUCGGCAUGUAUGCCUUAGUUGGGGUCUCCUGUAUAGCUAUCUUGGCUUUUUUGCUCAACUGUGCUUCGUAUAAACUAUGUUUCCGGAAUCAAAAGACGCCCAUACAGGCAGGCCCGUUACCCAUGGGGGACCCGAAGGACCACAAGCACGACUGGGUGUGGCUGGGAACCAACAGUGAUAGCGCUCCUGACCCGGGUGCCCCGGCUCAAGUGUCCACACUCAAGCGCGAGGCUCACCGCCCUCAGGAGUCCCAUCAUUCCAUAGACGCAAUCGGCCACUGCAACAUGGAGGGCAACCUGCCCACCGUGAGUGUCGCCGCCAUCCCCGAAAGAACUGCCACCCUGGGCCGCAGCAGGAACAGCUCCCAGCAGCAGCAGUUUCAGGGAAAGGCGAUGGACCCCAUGGCGAACCGUUCAGCCACCUUGCUGGCCAGGCCACAUCGCAGCGAGCCGCUUCAUUCCCCCACCAGCAAGCGGAACCAGGUCCAGUUCACCACCUUCACCACGCUGGACAUCAAGCACUUGGCUGCGCUGAAGAAGAAUGGCGUGGACUUAAACUGGGCCAACCAGCAGACUCUGCAACACCAGGUCCCGGCCGAGUCCCAGUCACCUUUACCUGACAUGCCGUGGCCUGUGGUCAAACCUCUAGGAGAGAACCAGUGA